AAACAUUCAUACAAACUAUAUUUUUAUAUAUUUUUCAUACAAUAAUUUAAAAUAAAAUGAGCGAAAUAUUAGAAACUAAAGAAACUGUUAAACGUUUAGAACCUCGUGCCAUUUUUGGUAUAAAUGGAAAUGUUGUCUUUGGUCUACAUUUACAUCCCGAUGGCCAGCAUAUUAUAUUUCCUUUGGGUACGAAAAUCGGUAUUUGCAAUACGAAAACGAAUAAACAAGAAUUCGUAGGUGGUCAUACGAAUAACGUGUCCUGUUUGGAUCUGAGUAGAAGUGGCCGUUAUAUGGCUUCGGGUCAAAUAAAUCAUAUGGGUUUUCCUGGUUAUGUGAUUUUAUACGAUUUUGCCAAAAGACGUGAAAUAGUGAGACAUGAUCUACACAAGGUUCGCGUACAAUCGAUUUGCUUCACGGCCCAAGAUAAAUAUAUGAUUUCUGCUGGUGGACGCGAUGAUGGCACUAUAAUUGUAUUCGAUAUAGAAACUCUCUCACCAAUUUGUAGAUCAGUUGCUGCUCGUUCUAUAAAUGGCAAUGCUUUAGUUGUACGAGCAUUAUUUAAGAAUCCUUCACACUUUCUGUCAGUUGGAGAUCGCCACUUAAGAAUUUGGAGUAUCCAUAGGGAAAUGAAAAAGUUGAACGUCCAUGAUGUCUAUGUGGGAAAACAACAGAGACUUUAUGUGUCCGUAUGCGUUGAUCGCAACGAUGCAUACGCAUAUAUUGGCACACAAACAGGUGAUGUUGUGAAAAUCUCUCUAAAUUGUUGUGAUAAAAUGAAUGUAGUGAAACCGGGACAUUUUGCCUCAAUGAUGGGUGCCUAUGGAACCCAUAACACUCGUAAACCGUUUGGAAAGGAUUGCGAUCGUUAUGUUAAUGGUUUGAGGGUAGUACAUAUCGUAGGAGAUGGUCUUUUGCUGAUGGGAGCCGGAGAUGGUGUUGUCGAACUAGUUGAGGAAAGGAGAGACAUAAAAGACAAUGUGUUUAAAAAUUAUCCUAAUCCCACAUGGCCCAUGUUGAAGACUCUAAAGAAAACUAAAGUAAAUGGAUCCAUUACAUCAUUGGUAGAAAUCAAUCCUAUAGAGUAUUAUAUAGCUACGGAAUCAAAUGAGAUAUACUUGCUUAAUAUUAAAAUAUUUACUUUAAAACUUUUAAAGACAUCACAUAAAAAGGCGGUACACAAUAUAGCAUUUCCCAAAAAUUUGUCUUCAGUUUUUGCCACUGCCGGUUAUGAGACCAUACGUAUAUGGUCCACCAAACGUUUCCAAGAACUGUUGCGUAUAAUGGUGUACAAUUUCCAAUGUGCUGCCAUAGAGUUUAGCUUUGACGGCAGUAGUAUUGUAUCAGCCUGGAAUGAUGGAGUCAUUAGGGCAUUCACACCAAUACGGGGUAGACUCAUAUAUGCCAUACCGAAUGCUCAUAAUAAGGGUUGCAGCGCCUUGGCGAUUUCUUCAACUGGUCGUGUUUUAGUCACCGGUGGCAUUGAGGGCCAAGUGCGUGUAUGGAAAAUUGAACCGUACCGUCAAAGUCUAUUGGGAGUUUUAAAAGAUCAUUCAGGUCCCAUAACCUCAUUGGAUUUUAAUAAAUCAGAUACCGAAGUUAUAUCGGCCAGUAGCGAUGGUUCUUGUGUCAUUUGGGAUGUUAACCGUUUGACCCGCAAAACUGUUAUAACGGCCAAUACUCAAUUUAUGAAUGCUAAAUAUUUUCCCACUGGUGUUCAAGUCUUAACUUGUGGCACUGAUGGUCGCAUUAGCUAUUGGAGUGUUUACAAUGGCAGUUUGAUACGUGAAUUACAAGGUUCAUCCAAAUCUUCAGUGAAUUUUGUAGCCAUUAAUGGAACUGGAGAUUAUUUCGCUUCUGUGGGCAGUGAUCAGAUGGUUAAGCUUUGGGACUAUAAUAAAGGCAUAGUUGUGGCUCAAGGUUCUGAGCAUGCAUCGGCAGUUAAGAGUGUGGCAUAUAGUCCAUGUAGAAAAUUCUUUGUAACCGGUUGUACUGAUGGCGCCAUAAUAAUAUGGGAUGUUCCACAGGAACAUUGGGGCAAAAACAAUCCGAUACCAUAUCUUAGCACUUCCGCCGAAGUCAAAUCUGUUAAAUCGGAACCGCGAAUACCGAACAGUGCUCGUAGUCAUCAUAGUCAACAAAAAGAAAACAUAGAUGGUCUAGUGGCCAAUACACCCAAAAAUGAUGUCUGCUGCAUAGAGUGUCCGCCCGUAAAUGUCAAUAAGAAACCCGAAGAGAAUUGUAAAUUUAUGGCAGAUGUUAGAAAAUGUUAAAUUAUAUUCAUUGUAUAUAGAAUACAAAUAAAUUUAUUUUAUAAC